UCAUUUCUCCCCCAGGAGAGGAAAGCUGUAGAGUUCUGUCCUCAGUUCUCAGAUCAAACUCCUCCAGACUGAGAGAACUGAACCUGAGUAACAAUAACCUGCAGGAUUCAGGAGUGAAGCUGCUCUCUGCUGGACUGGAGAAUCCACACUGUACACUGGAGAUACUGAGAAUAAACGGUUAGGAAGUGAAAGUGAAAGUCAGUCUCCAUUUUGUGUGGAGGGGAAAAUACAGCAUUUCAGGAGUAAAAACACAAGACUAUUUCCUGUAAGUGAACUCUGUGCUGAUACAGGGUUUGAUUUAACACACCGAUGUUGGAGUGAAGUAAACGUGUGUCCUGCUGUAAUCUGGAGAAGGAGACAUGACCUCCAACAUGAGUGUGUCUGGAGAACAGGACUUAAAGAGAGACGAGAGAAUGAUGGAGGGAAAGAGAUCAGACUCACCAGAACCCAGCUGUGUGUCCAUGAAGAGUGACGCGUCAAUGGGUCGUCCACUUCACUUCAGAGACAGAGCCAGUUCUCCUGAUGUGAGACCACAACAGAAGAAAUCAAACCUCAGCAGAAAUCAGUUGGACUCCAUAUUCAAGGAGCUGGAACACAAAGUCAUCACUCUGAUAAAGAAUGAGCUGAAGAGGUUUAGGAAGCUCCUGAGUCCAGAUUACCCAGCAUGCACUGAGAGGGAGGUGCAGGAUGAGGAGGAUCUGCACAGUGUCAGAGAUGGAGCGCUGAAGAUCACACUGCACGUCCUGAAGAACAUGAACCACACAGAUCUCGCUAACACACUGCACAACAAACUCGCCUCUGUGUAUCAGACAGAGCUGAAAUCCAGCCUGAGAGAGAAGUUUAAAAGAAUUAAUGAAGGAAUCUCACAGCAUGGAAGCUCAGCACUUCUGAAUGAGAUCUACACAGAGCUCUACAUCACAGAGGGUUGGAGUGGAGACGUCAAUAAUGAACAUGAGGUGAGACAGAUUGAGACAGCGUCCAGGAGACCAGCAGCACAGGAGACACCCAUCAAAUGUAACGAUCUCUUUAAAGACAAGUCCAUCAGAAGUGUGCUGACUAAAGGAGUUGCUGGAAUUGGAAAAACAGUCUCUGUGCAGAAGUUCAUUCUGGACUGGGCUGAAGGAAAAGCAAAUCAGGACGUCACCUUCAUGUUUCCACUUCCCUUUAGAGAGCUGAAUCUGAUGAAGCAGAAACAUCUCAGUCUGAUGGAUCUUCUUCAUCACUUUUUCCCUGAAAUAAGAAAACUAGAAGUAAUAGACUGUGACUCCUACAAAGUGGUGUUGAUCUUUGAUGGUCUGGAUGAGUGUCGACUUCCUCUAAAUUUCCAGAAGAAUGAGAGACUGUGUGAUGUGACAGAGUCAGCCUCAGUGGAUGUGCUGCUGACGAACCUCAUCAAGGGGAAUCUGCUUCCCUCUGCUCUCCUCUGGAUAACCUCUCGACCAGGAGCAGCCAAUCAGAUCCCUCCUGAGUGUGUAGACCAGGUGACAGAGGUACGAGGGUUCAGUGAUCCUCAGAAAGAGGAGUACUUCAGGAAGAGAAUCAGUGAUCAGAGCCUGUCCAAUAAAAUCAUCUCACACAUGAAGUCUUCAAGAAGCCUCUACAUCAUGUGCCACAUCCCAGUCUUCUGCUGGAUCUCAGCCACUGUUCUAGAGAGAAUGUUGGGUGAAGCAGAGAGUGGACAGAUCCCCAAGACUCUGACUCAAAUGUUCACACACUUCCUGCUCUUUCAGAUCAAACACAAGGACCAAAAGUACCAUCAGAAAUGUGACCCUGAUCCUCAGCAGACCAGAGAGAGUAUCCUGGCACUGGGAGAACUGGCUUUCCAACAGCUGGAGAAAGGAAACCUGAUCUUCUAUGAGGAAGACCUGAGAGAGUGUGGCAUUGAUGUCGGAGAAGUGUCGGUGUACUCAGGAGUGUGUACCCAAAUCUUCAGAGAGGAGUUUGGGCUUCACCUGGGGAAGGUGUUCAGCUUUGUACAUCUGAGUGUUCAGGAGUUUCUGGCUGCUUUAUAUGCAUUUUUCUGCUUUAUUUUUAGAAAGACAAAUGUGUUAGUGGAGCAAAGCACUGGACUUUUUAAUUUCUUCAGAAAGUCAGACAUGUCUGAUCUCCUCAGGAGUGCAGUGGACAAGGCCUUACAGAGUGAGAACGGACACCUGGACCUGUUCCUCCGCUUCCUUCUGGGUCUCUCACUGGAGUCCAAUCAGACUCUCUUACGAGGCUUAAUGCCACAGACAGGAAGCAGCUCUCACAGCAAACAGGAAACAGUCGAGUACAUCAAGGAGAAGAUCAGGGAGAAUCCAUCUCCAGAGAAAUCCAUCAAUCUGUUCCACUGUCUGAAUGAACUGAAUGAUCAUUCUCUAGUGCAGGAAGUACAGACUUACCUGAACAGAGGAGGUCACAGUCGUCUCAGUGGAACCAGACUCUCUCCUGCUCAGUGGUCAGCUCUGGUGUUUGUGUUACUGAACUCAGAUCAGGAGCUGGAUGAGUUUGAUUUGAGGGAAUAUGACCCAUCAGAGGAAUGUCUUCUGAAUCUGCUGCCAGUGGUCAAAGCCUCCAGAAGAGCUGAGCUGUGGGAGUGUAAACUGACAGAGGAAAGCUGUAGAGUUCUGUCCUCAGUUCUCAGAUCAAACUCCUCCAGACUGAGAGAACUGAACCUGAGUAACAAUAACCUGCAGGAUUCAGGAGUGAAGCUGCUCUCUGCUGGACUGGAGAAUCCACACUGUACACUGGAGACACUGAGGAUGUGUUACUGCAGUAUUACAGAUGAAGGUUGUGCUGCUCUGGCUUCUGCUCUGAGGUCAAACUCCUCAUCACACCUGAGAGAACUGGAUCUGAAGGGUAAUAAUCCAGGAGAAUCAGGAGUGAAGCUGCUCUCUGAUCUACUGAAGGAUCCACACUGUAACCUGGAGACACUACACAUUAAGGGUAAUAAACCCACCAGGACCGGCAUAUGACGGGAGUCUCACCUCAAACCUCUUCUCCAGGAUAAAGCAGUCUUGGUGAAGAGUUAGAUCCCGUCCCACAUUUCCAGCAGUUUGGGAGCUGAAUCAUUAAACUUAAAGGGGCAGAGCAGAAACAAAGUCAAGAACAGGCAGAAGGUCGUACACAGGAGAAAUCAACACACGUAACCAAAUAUCUGCUGUACAAAGCAACGGCACCGAUCUGCCCCGGGGAUGGAGACUGACGAGGCUUAAGUACACGUCCGGAAAUGUACAGCCAACUCAUCCCAAAGCACGAGGCGGGAGCAGGCGUGUACGAGAUGUGAUCGUCCAAUGGCAAGCAGGAACAUGACGCAUAGCAGUGGACUGGGCUUAAAAGAGGAGGAGACGAGACACCCAUCCCUCCCCCGACAUAGGCACACGAAUGGAACAUAGUACAAACAGAAAUACAACUGAGGACGUAACAAUGGUCAAGUAUCAAAUAAAAUGUAAACUUGCAUUGAUGAAGGUAAUGUUGUUAGUAAUUGUUUAUAAAUUACCAUGGUAACACAGAGCUCCAAGGUAUAAAAAUAUGGAGUUUGUCAUCAAUCAAACAGUAACCAGUUUUAAUACCUAAAAAAGUUUACGUAGCAAAAUUUAGCAAAGCGCUUUACAGUAAAUUAAAAUGUAAAAUUAAACUAAUGAAAUGUUGUGCAGCACAUGCUUAUGUUAAUGUUUGUUACAUUAUAUGAUCAUAUAAAUAAGUAAAUACUCCCAAAGUGACCAGAAUUGAAAGCUUUGGUGCUGUUAAACAUUUAGAGAUUGAUGUUGUGGUGACUCAGUAGUUCACUCAGUAUAUCUGGGUAAGACACAGUGAACGACUCACUGCUGGCAUUCAUGAAGAAGUCAUAAACUCCACUGGAAUAAUAAAUAGGAUCUAAUAAAACCAUGAGUGGAAAUUA